AUGAAGCGGAUUCUGGAGCUGAACAAGCCAUACGAGCAAAUAAAUGCCGACCACUUCAAGACACAUGACUACUUGAAAAUCUUGGCAAUAGGAGGAUUUGAAGAUGGAUACCUUCAACCGCGAGGAAUCAUGGAUUUGCCAAAGGAAUCAUCUGCGUCCAACCCAGACAAUACCAUUCACAAAUACUUAGAAAUCGAUGAGGAUUUCAAAUCGAAGACCUCUAAUGACCUGCCAAAGGAAGAACAAGGAGAAACCAGUCAAUCAAGGAUGCAAAAAAUGAGCUCGUGGCCGGUGCAGAAAUAUCAAGAGGGAGUCAGAGCAAAAGAGAGAAAUCAUCAAAAUGGUUUCAAUGCUAUAACCGCAUUUGAAUUUCAGUCGAUUGCCUAAAAGUGAAACGGCAUUUUCAAGGAGAGGGGGGAAGAGUCGUGAAGGGUUCUGACUUCCCUAUCGGGAUGAUAACUUGGAAACGGCAGCACGAAAUAUCCCGAGAACCUCCAUUUGUGACAGUAACAGCAAUAUAGG